AUGGCAGCAAGACAUCCUGAUGUCACAGUUCAAUCUGUGUUGGGUAAGAUCAGUCGAGAUCAUCUGCAAUGUCCCGUUUGCAAAGACCGUUUCACCGAGCCUAAGGUGCUUGACUGUCUGCACUCUUUUUGCCAGAAAUGUCUCAGAGAAGUCAAACGCAGUCAACGUCCACAAGUUCCAAAACUUGUGUGUCCUCUCUGCAGAUUAGAAACCAUACUAAAGGGAGACAUUUCAGAUUUGCCAAGUGAUUUCAAACUGAGUGCCUUGGUGGAUGAGGUCAACGUCUAUGAAAAGUUACUUGAAGGUCAAAGGUCAGACAUCAAAUGUCAAGCCUGUGAUGAAGAGAAUCAGGCUGUGUCAAGAUGCAUGGACUGUGAUCAUUUUCUCUGUAACGAAUGCCAAGCAGCACACAGGCGUGUGACUUUAACAAAAUCACAUCAAAUCUACACACUGGCCCAGCUUCAAUCAGGAGAGGUAACUUACAAGAGUAAGAUUAGAGAGUAUACUCCAAAAUGUGCCAAGCAUUCCGAUCAAAAUCUGAACAUUUACUGUAACACAUGUGAGAAGAUGGUAUGCACAACUUGUGCUUUUCUAGAUCAUGAGAAACAUUCUUGUGUUGAUCUACCCAAAGCUGUCGAUAAGUGCAAACAAGAUGUUGCUAGAAUGUCUGUACAAGCUGAACAGAACAAAGCAAAACUGAAAACAGACAUAAGUGAAGUAGAUGACAACUACAGAAAGCUGAAUGCCAUGCAUGCAGACACCACCAAGAAAAUCUCCAGUAAGGCUGACAAGGAGGUUGCUAGAAUCACAAAGGAGACUUCAAGUAUCAGAGACGAAGAGCAGAAACUGAAGCAAGAGGCAGAUACAAUCUUCAAAGACAGAGCCAAGACAUUGGAAACUGCUCGUGCCACAAACAACACUCGUCUGACUCAGACCGAGAAAAAGCUGGAUGAGGUGAACCAAUUUGUCACUCAAGCAAGUUGCUACGAAAUUCUGGAUUUCAAACUUAAACUCAUGCAUAACCUGAAAGAAUUGAACCAAGAACAAUCUGAAAAAGGGCCAGAUAAUUUUCCCUUCAUUAUGGAUUUUGACGAGGGACCUAUUGGGAGGUCACUUGGGAGACUGGUGCUGGAAGAUACUCAAAUACCCAGCUCAGGUGCCACAGCUGAGGGUUCACAGAGACCUGUAAGAUGGGAGCUGAAAAGACAAAUGAAGACCUUUGGACCAACAAAAAAAGGGUUCCUCUUUGCUGAGGCAAUUGCAGCAUUCUCUAACAAUGAAAUUGUCACAUUAGACAGUAAGCAUAAAAAGUUGAUUACUUUCUUAACCAAUGACAACCUUCAGUCUGAUGUAAUUUCAAAAGAACUCCAACUUGCGGGUCUUACUGAACCAACUCAUGUUUCAGUUAACAGGGAUGAUGAAAUCAUUGUUCUUCACAAACGUGCUGAGAUCAAGAUCUUCAAUAGAGGUUACCAACCCUGUCUCCAUCAGUUCCUACCAGGUACGGAGACAGGCAACAUCCCAACCUGCCUUGCAGUGGAUGGUGGGGAUGUGAUAGCAGUGGGUUAUAGGGGCAAAGAAGAGAUCUCACUGCACAAGAGAGAUGGAUCCCUCAUCAGGAGAAUACCUGCUCCAAAGAUUGAGAAAAAUUUGGCUAUCUACAAGCAGCAGCUUUUCUACACUUGCAAUGGAGAUAAUAACCAAAGACUUCUAUCGUCAAUUGACAGCUAUGGUCGCACGGUCUUUUCAGUUCAUAUUCCCAGCAAUAUUCAAGGGGUUUGGCAUGCUAAUGGUUUGUGUUGUGACAAAGAUGGCAAUAUUUAUGUUGCUGUAUCCGGGUGGCCUUUAGCAAUUAGACAUGGUGAAAUUCAGCAUUUCAGUCAUGAUGGAUAUUACAUUGGCUGUGUCAUCAGUGUAGAUGAUUUUCCAGGUGACGUCACAUGUACACCAGCUGGAGAGCUGGCUGUGGCAGCAGUAGAAAGUGUUAAAGUUUAUCAUCGAGUGUAA